CGGGAAGUUUCAAGUUUGAAAGUUCUGACUGAGGCCGGGGCUUCCGGAACCUAGGGGUCGAGAGGAGGGGCCGAGCGGCGCCAUGGAGGAGGGGGCGAGGCGGCAGGGUGAGCCCAGCCAGCAGCCCCUGGAAGAUGAGAAAGAAGUGAUCCGCCGGGCCAUCCAGAAGGAGCUGAAAAUCAAGGAGGGCAUGGAGAACCUGCGUCGUGUGGCUACAGAUCGCCGCCACCUGGGCCACGUGCAACAGCUGCUGCGGUCCUCCAACCACCGCCUAGAGCAGCUGCACUGCGAGCUGCGGGAGCUGCAUGCCCGCGUCCUGCUGCCCGGCACGACUGAGCCUGUGGCCUCAGGACCCUGGCCGAGGGCGGAGCACUCCACGGCUCGGCACCUGGAAGCCCUGCAGAGGCAGCUACAGGUGGAGCUGAAGGUGAAGCAGGGGGCCGAGAACAUGACCCACACUUGUGCCAGUGGUACCCCCAAGGAAAGAAAGCUCCUGGCGGCUGCCCAGCAGAUGCUGCGGGAUUCCCAGCUGAAGGUGGCCCUGCUCCGCAUGAAGAUCAGCAGCCUUGAGGCCAAUGGGUCCCCUGAGCCAGGCCCUGAGCUGCUGGCUGAGGAGCUGCGGCACCGACUACACAUCGAGGCUGCAGUGGCUGAGGGUGCCAAGAAUGUGGUGAAGCUGCUUGGUGGCCGGAGGACACAGGACCGCAAGGCCCUGGCCGAGGCCCAGGCCCAACUCCAAGAAUCCUCGCAGAAGCUGGACCUGCUCCGGCUGGGCUUGGAGCGGCUGCUGGAGGGCCUGCCUCCUGGCCACCCUCUACACAGCAGGGUGGCCCGGGAGCUGCGAAUGGCGGCCUUUGGGAACCCACAGCCUUCAGGGCCCCUUGUGAAGCCCACUGCCCUGACAGGGACGCUACAGGUCCAUCUCCUGGGCUGUGAGCAGCUGCUGGUGGCUGUGCCCGGGCGCUCCCCAGUGGCUGCACUGGCCAGCAGCCCCUCUGAGGGCUGGCUUCGGGCCAGGGCCAGGCAGCAGCGCAGUGGAGGCGAGCUGGCCAGUGAGGUGCUGGCUGUGCUGAAGGUGGACAACCGUGUUGUGGGCCAGACAGGCUGGGGUCAGGUGGCUGAGCGGUGCUGGGACCAGACAUUUGCCAUUCCCCUGGAGCGAGCACGGGAGCUGGAGAUCGAUGUGCAUUGGCGUGAUUGGCGGCAGCUGUGUGGUGUGGCCUUCCUGAGGCUCGAGGACUUCCUGGACAACGCCUGUCACCAGUUGUCCCUCAGCCUGGUGCCACAGGGCCUGCUCUUUGCCCAGGUGACCUUCUGUGACCCUGUCCUUGAGAGACGGCCCCGGCUGCAGAGGCAGAAACGCAUUUUCUCUAAAUGCCGAGGCCAGGACUUCCUGAGGGCUUCGCAGAUGAAUCUCAGCAUGGCAGCCUGGGGGCGCCUGGUCAUGAGCCUGCUGCCCCCCUGCAGUUCGCCAAGCACCGUCAGCCCCCCCAAAGGGUGCCCUCGGAGCCCAACUACACACCACGGGGCCUCUGAGCCUGUGUCCCCGAGUAAUGUGCCCAAGAAGACCCUCUUGGGAGAAGAGAUCCAGCCCCCACCCAAGCCCCCACGCCUCUUCCUGCCCCCAGAGCCCAUGCCAGAAGAGACCCCGCGCACCAAACGCCCCCACAUGGAGCCCAGGACCAGACUUGCGCCUGUCCUGCCAGCAUCUCCCAGCAGCAGGAAAACGCCCCGGCUGCAGGACUUCCGCUGCUUGGCCGUGCUGGGCCGGGGACAUUUUGGCAAGGUCCUCCUGGUCCAGUUCAAGGGCACAGGAAAAUACUACGCCAUCAAGGCUCUGAAGAAGCAGGAGGUGCUGAGCCGGGAUGAGGUCGAGAGCCUGUACUGUGAGAAGCGGAUCCUGGAGGCGGUGGGCCGCACAGGGCACCCCUUCCUGCUCUCCCUCCUUGCCUGCUUCCAGACCUCCAGCCACACCUGCUUUGUGACCGAGUUCGUGCAGGGCGGUGACCUCAUGAUGCAGAUCCACGAGGAUGUCUUCCCUGAGCCCCAGGCCUGCUUCUAUCUGGCCUGUGUGGUCCUGGGGCUGCAGUUCCUACAUGAGAAGAAAAUCAUUUACAGGGACCUGAAAUUGGAUAAUCUCCUGCUCGAUGCUCAGGGCUUUCUGAAGAUCGCAGACUUCGGGCUGUGCAAAGAAGGGAUCGGCUUUGGGGACCGGACGAGCACCUUCUGUGGCACCCCAGAGUUCCUGGCGCCUGAAGUGCUGACCCAGGCAACGUACACAUGGGCUGUGGACUGGUGGGGGCUGGGCGUGCUGCUGUAUGAGAUGCUGGUGGGCGAGUGCCCGUUCCCAGGGGACACAGAAGAGGAGGUAUUCGACUGCAUUGUCAACACAGAUGCCCCAUACCCCCACUUUCUGUCAGUGCAAGCCCUUGAGCUCAUUCAGAAGCUCCUCCAGAAAUGCCCAGAGCAGCGCCUGGGAGCUGGCCAGCAAGAUGCAGAGGAGAUCAAGGUCCAGCCAUUCUUCAGGACCACCGACUGGCAGGCCCUGCUGGCCCGAGCCGUGCAGCCCCCCUUCGUGCCCCUGCUCUGUGGCCCCUCGGACCUACGCUACUUCGAGGGCGAGUUCACGGGGCUGCCACCUGCCCUGACCCCUCCUGGCCCGCACAGCACCCUUAGUGCCCGCCAGCAGGCCGCUUUCCGGGACUUUGACUUCGUAUCCGAGCACUUCUUACAGCCCUGAGGCCUAUUGGUGAGCCCUGACCCAGACCCUAAGAACCCACAGGUGCCUGCGGGUGCCCUGCCCCGCAACAGUGGGGCUCUCAGGUAUUGAGGAAAAUGUGGGACUCAAGGUAGUGGCUGCCAGGCUAC